UGAUUCAUUGGUGACAGAACAGGCUCUGGUCAGAUCAGGACUACAUUCAGAGGAUGAGCAUCAGCGAAGCUCCAGAUCUCAUUCAAGUGCUUGCUGUGCGAACGUGAUGGUCCUUUUCCCAAGGGAGCAACAUCAGAGGAAAACAUUAAUAACUGAUCAUUAUUAAGUUUUGAGAGACCUGACCUGUACUAAGCAUCAUGGGAGGAGUGGUAGUGGACACUGCCAACAGUGGGGUCAAGGCACCUGAUGGAGGAUGGGGUUGGAGUAUCCUUUUUGGCUGCUUUGUCAUUACUGGCUUCUCCUAUGCCUUCCCCAAAGCAGUCAGCGUCUUCUUCAAAGAGCUCAUCAGGGAGUUUGGAGUGGGCUACAGUGACACUGCUUGGAUCUCCUCCAUACUUCUAGCAAUGCUUUACGGCACAGGGCCACUAUGUAGCAUCUUGGUGAACCGUUUUGGUUGUCGCCCUGUGAUGAUGGUGGGUGGCCUUUUUGCCUCCUUGGGUAUGAUCAUGGCAUCCUUUGCAACCAACAUCAUCCACAUCUAUCUCAGCACAGGGGUCAUAACAGGUUUGGGUCUUGCCUUGAACUUUCAACCAUCACUCAUCAUGCUGAACAGAUACUUCAGUGAGAAACGGCCCUUGGCUAAUGGGCUUGCUGCAGCUGGAAGUCCCGUUGCUCUGUGUUGUUUGUCUCCUCUUGGCCAAGUACUUCAGUACAAGUAUGGUUGGCGAGGAGGCUUCCUCAUCCUUGGAGGCUUGCUGCUAAACUGCUGUGCCUGUGGGGCUCUCAUGAGGCCCUUGAUGGCUCCAAAAAAGAAGAAUGAGGUGGAAGGAAAAGAAAAGGAAGCGAAACCUCAAGCGAAACCCAAGUUGCUUGAUUUCACCGUCUUCAGAGAUCGUGGCUUUGUGAUUUACACUGUGGCUGCGGCCAUUAUGGUGCUAGGUCUGUUUGUGCCUCCUGUGUUUGUGGUAAGCUAUGCCAAGGAAUUGGGCAAUGAGGACACAAUGUCUUCCUUGCUGCUCACUAUACUGGGGUUCAUCGAUAUCUUUGCCCGGCCCACAUGUGGUAUCAUCGCUGGGCUCAAGUGGGUGCGUCCACGAUCUGUAUACCUCUUCAGUUUUGCUAUGAUCUUCAAUGGUACCACCGAUAUUGUUGGCUCUCUGGCCAAAGACUACUCAUCUCUUGUGGUGUUCUGCAUCUUCUUUGGUAUCUCCUACGGCAUGGUUGGAGCCUUGCAGUUUGAAGUGUUGAUGACCAUUGUGGGAACAGAGAAGUUCUCUAGUGCUAUCGGCUUGGUGCUGUUGGUUGAAGCCAUUGCUGUGUUGGUGGGACCACCUGGAGCAGGUCGCCUUCUGGAUGCCACAAAGAACUACAUGUACGUCUUCCUGCUGGCAGGCUGUGAGGUGGUCCUCUCGGCCCUUGUGCUGGCCAUCUGUAACUUGCUCUUCAUCAAGAAGAAGCCCCAAGAGCCUGACCCUCCAGCCAAGAUGGAGAUGGCCAUUACGGAGGCAGAAAUGGAGGAGCUCAACAAAAAACAACAUGAGGAGCAAGACAGUGGAGGUGGGACUGGUGAGACUACGAAGGAGCAAGUAGAACAGAGCAUUAAGGAAACAACUACAAAGUCUGAGGAUAAAGAGCCUGAGAGCAUAGGUGUGGACUCGAUAGAGCUUGAGACCAUUCCCAAAAAGGUGACGGCAGCAAAUGGUGUUGUAGUUGAACCUGAAUCCUCCCUGUAAGAGAUUUAUGUAGAACAAUAGAUAUGACAAAACAACCCCAGUAAGACUCAUGAACGUGCUCGGUUCAUGGAAACCGAGAUGUUAAACUCGUUUGAUGUUGCUAAACAGCACAUGCAUUUGAAGUGAUUUAGACUUUUCACUGCCUUGUAUGCUAACAACAGAUGACAGGAGAUGUUAUCAUACAUAUUAAAAAGGUUUAAAAAGUUUCUUCUGAAAAUGACAAAGAUUUAUCAAAGGUGUAAGAUUACGAUUAUUUAUUUUGUAUACUAUUUAUUUAUAUAUUAUUUAUAUAAGUAUAUAGUAUAUAAUUUAUUUUCGUCACAUCAAUUGCCUACUCCAUGUGCUACACCUGUGGCUUUGCAGUCUUUGAGUGACCCUGACAACGCGGCAUCUAAAGCUGAACUUUUAUCAUAAUUUGUCCAUAACCUUUUAGGAGUUUUAAAAUGUGAAAGUUUAAAUAUGCAAGAGAUUCGUUUUUUCUUUUAAACUUUUUUUAUUCAGGUUGUACUGCAUUUUUGGCCACUAUACACUCCACAUCAGAGUAGGGUACCAGAAUUAUAGUGAAGAUUUCCAGCUUGCUUGCUUUGUUGCAUACAGUAUUCACUAAAAUGGAUUGUUAAGUAUCUUUAUAGUCUAUUGUAAUGUAUCAAUCUGGUCUGGAGAGAGCACAGGAGUUUAAGGAGAAUAAUUAUUAGUUUUUUAAGGGUGUAUCAAAGUUCUGUGUUUCAGACAAAUCCUAACAGACGUACCAAUAAGUAUGGAAUGCUAGGCACAAAUGAACAGUUGACGAGUUGGUUUGUAUGAAACAUUGUCCAAGUAAUAGUCUCUUUGAACACUUUAUUGUGUUCUUGCAGAAUGAACAGAAUUGGGAUAUGCUUCAAAGUAUUUUUGUGUAGUGUUUUCAAAGGAUAUUACUGUUUGGGGCACAGCUGUGUUACAUAUUUUUAAUAGUGUUUUUUGCUAUUUUAUUUUACAGAAACUUUAAUAGUAUUUAUAGUAAACAUGUUGAUGUCAGUUGGCAGCUACACAACUUUAUCUGUACAUUUAUUUAUCUAAAUUUCAAAUGCUAAUCCAACUGCAUCAAAGGAGGGGACCAAUAGUGAGCUUGUGCAUGUGAUAAGCUGGUUAUAUAACAGCAUGUAUUUUUAGCUUAUUCAACACUUGCUACAAAAUGUAUUGAUUGAGACAUCUCAGUGGGCACCUUUUUGGAAACCAAAUCUAAAAAUUUACAAAGAUUACAAAAAUACACGUGGGGCUGAUAAAACCAUUUUUACCUCUAUUUUUGUACGUCUUUCACAAGCAGUUUGUGACAAGGGACCCUCUUCUACUUUUUUCGUACUAAGACACUGAUAUGUUUUGGUUGUGCCUUAUGUUUUGUAGCCAUACCUAAUUUGUUGUGAAUCAUUCUAGAAAUAAAUGCAUCCCUCAUCGAUC